AAUAUAUUGUACGUUACAGUGUGCUCGAAUUAAAGAUCGUCACGUUGCGGUAGCUCUAUAAUUUGCUGCCAAUAUACAAUUCAUUUAUCGGCUCGAUAGCUAUAUUAGUGUUCUAUCAUGCCUCGUAUUAGAAAGUUCCCCAGGUAUGCUCUUUUUGAUUUCGACGACGGAACGGUCGAACCAGGUUCGAGUGGGUUAAUCGAUGACAAUGUUGAGGACUUAUCAGAGCAAAGCUUUAAUUACAACGUGUCUCAUUUUGUUUAUUGGCAACAAUGACCAUCUAAAAACGCCACAGAAGACGAAGUUUUAAAGCACAAGCAAUGUGCUAAAAUACUGAUGUUUAGUAAUGACUUACAUCAAUUGAAACUCUAUCGUGAUCAAUUGACUGAUGAAAUCCUUACGGUGGAUGCUUUCCAAAAGAUAAGAAAAAAGAUGUGGGAAAAAGGUGACCAUUCUGCAGCGGAGGAACCAAAACCAAAUUAUGUUGGUGGUGGUGAACGUCAGUCUAGGCGUUUGAAAGAAAAACAGGUUUUGUUGAAGGAUGAGUCACAAAACAAAGAUCAAACUUUGAAGCCUUUGCAGCCGGUGAAAAAACCUACUGCGAAGGAAAAACAAAUGUUUGACCUUUUAAACAAUGAGAACACGUUACAGAAGAUAGCUGAACAGAAAGCUCUGUCUAACACCAACCCACGAACGGAUGAUAACUCUGCCCAGGAGGUACAGCAAUGCGACCGGAUAUUACUUGACACCAAUGGUAAUGUAGAGGAAGUCCCGCGUCACUCCAGGAAGAGAGUUCAUUCAAAAGGUUCGAGUACAGUGGAAUUAAUAAAUGAGGCUUCGGCCGCAAGUGAGGUACAGCAAUGCGACCAGCUAUUACUAGACACCAGUGUUAAUGUAGAGGAAGUCCCGCGUCACUCCAGGAAGAGAGUUCAUUCAAAAGGUGCGAGUCAGGUGGAAUUAGUAGAUGAGGCUUCGGCCGCAAGUACGAGUACUGUGGAUAUCGAAUUUGGGAAGAAUACGCCGUUUACUAAAGUCCAAAAAUUGUCUUCGUCGUCUGCGUCUUCGGCCAGUAGUGAAUAAGACAAAUUUUGUAGGGAACCGAUUGUGUGUGGCAGUACGAAAUCGUAUUCCUCAACAACAUCAGCUGGUUUGGUGGCUUUGCGACCCAAAAUGUCGGAUAGGUGGAAUAACGAAGAUGUUCUAAAGGAUAAGAUCCGAGUUCUACAAUAGGAAAACGAGCGCUUAAAGCGCGACUUAGAUUUCUGUAGAGGUUGUAUCAUACAUUGUUUGCCUAUAAGUCAUGAAUUUUGUUCCCAUUGAGUAAGUGUUCCAUAACCUACAGAGUUCAACGAUGUCAAAAAGUGGAUUGCGGUGCUUAUCGCCAGUAAAAAAUCCAUGAAUGCGUCAUCGUGUUUAGUUUGCAGCGUUCACACCACCUCAGAGGCUCAUCGAGCCAGAUCGAGCCAGAAAAACAUCGAGUCUCGAGCAGGGUCUCGAAACGAUGAAAAAACAACAGAAAAAUACCGGUAUUUUAACCCGCUCCCCUGUUUUGGCCACAAAGAAAAACCCAAACAGAAAAUCGAAAAAUAUGCAAAUAGACCACCGAAAGAGGGGCGUUUUUUACCCCUUUUUUUCUGUUUCAUACAAUACUAUCAGCUGUUUUUUAAGGAUAGGUCUAUAUUGCGUCACCUUGUUCGUGUGUGUGUGUGUGUUCCAAGUUUUCACCGUUAUUCGUGUUUCUUAUUUCGUGUCGUGUAAGCAUGGGGAGGAAUAACGAAAACCCUUGUCACAAUUACUUCGAUUACGAUGAAACUGGAAAUACAAGUAGGUGCAAAAUA